AUGGCAACCAAUUCAGAAGUACCCGGAGAAGAGGAAGUUGAUUGUGACAUGUGUGAGGAGUGUGGAAAAUUCAUUCUCAAUCGGGAGGCUCUCCUCGAUAAUGCUCCGAAGGCUGCUCCGAAGACGAAGAAGAUGACGUCACCGACUCCAGAAGCCGUGUUGAUUCAGAUGGUCCAUGAAAAGAUGGAGGCAGAAAAGGAGAGAAAACAACAACGUCGCCGCGAGAAGACUUCUGGAGCGACUCCAAUCGUCAUGACACCCGCCAGCUCCGCCCCCAUGCUUCUUUUCGAUGGGAAAACUGUCCGGCGACAGUUUCAGCCUGCGGAGACUGUAGGGAUUUGGAUUUUAGCUAUAUAA